AUGGCGCUACAGAGUGAUGGAGAAGGACAGCUGAACCAACCGUCCAUCGUGUUUGAGGGCAGCUCCCCGGAGGAUGUGUCCCACGCCCGGCGGCUCUGGAGCUCCCUGUCCCUGCUGCCGCUGCCUGAGUCCCGGUUGGUGUCUGCAGACGCCCGCCAAAGCCUGCCCGUGGUCAGUAGGCAUCUGCUCGGUACCUCCUCUGGGCCCCUUACCGGACCCUCCGGAGUGCAGAGGGAGGAGGAAAGGCGGCGGUACGAAGCCAUGGACCACCAGAGGAAGGACAUCCUGCUGAGGGCCCAGAAGGAGACGCUGUCUGCGGCUGAUAAACCUGAAGGAAAGCCGCAGGAACCACCAGAAGACCCGGAGACCAAAGUGGAGAAGGAGCUGAUCAGACAGCUUUAUUAAAAAACUGAAAACAAACAAAGAAAGAAACUCAAUGAAUAAAAACCUAAACUAGUUAAACAGUUAUAAAUAAUUAAUUGAAGCUACGGACAGUACAGCUCCCCCUAGUGGUGGUCAAAAACAUUUAAAGUCGAAGAGAAAUCAUAUUAAAUGUCAAAUCAUUCUGGCUUAAACAUGUAUUUUUAUCAGACC